CCCGACACAGAGGACGCGCCCUGCCCUAGCUCGCUAUAUCUCGCCCCUCCUCCACGCGCCGCCUCCAAGAACUGUAUACCACCACGCAUCAAUCACACGCCGCACGCCGACGCCGAUUGGUUGAUUUGAUUGAUUGAUUGGGCAAGAGGAGGAGGAGGAAGGGGAUUGUUUGCUGCUGCUGCUGCUCCAGAGCUCGCCGGAGCCGCGGUGGCUGCAGCGCUCGACGGCGGGGAAGAGGGGUCGCGGGCGGCGCGGCUGCACUCGUUCUUCGCCUCGGUGAUCUCCGGGAUCUUCGGCCAGGGCGAGGAGGAGGAGGAAGGGGAGAUGGCGACACGCAGCCAGAACGUCGCUGCCGCUCCGCAGCCGCCGCAGAACAGAGGCAAUGUUGCCGCUCUGGGAAAGCAGAAGGCCGUCGUGGCCGGCAGGCCCGACGCGAAGAACCGGCGAGCCCUUGGCGAGAUCGGCAACGUCAUGAACGUCCGCCUACCGGAAGGCAAGCCUCUGCAGCAGGCGCCGGCCGGCCGCACCGCCAACUUUGGUGCCCAACUGCUGAAGAACGCGCAGGCAAAUGCUGCGGCAAACAAGCAGAAUGCAGUUGCACCUGCUGCCGUGGCGAGGCCUGCGCAGAGGCAGGCCAGGAAGGCGCCUGUCAAGCCCGCGCCUCCUCCGCCCGAGCAUGUCAUCGAGAUCAGCUCUGAUUCUGACCAGAGCAUGAGGCAGCAGUCGGAGGGCAGCGCCAGCUCUGUCCGCAAGUGCUCGAGGAAGAAGGUCAUCAACACCCUCACCUCCGUGCUCACUGCACGAUCAAAGGUUGCCUGUGGAAUCACUGACAAACCUCGAGAAGUGAUUGAGGACAUUGACAAGCUCGACGGUGACAAUGAGCUGGCUGUGGUGGACUAUAUUGAGGAUAUCUACAAGUUCUACAAGGUCGCUGAGAACGAGUGCCGCCCGUGUGAUUACAUCGACACCCAGGUGGAGAUCAAUUCCAAGAUGAGGGCCAUCCUGGCAGACUGGAUAAUUGAAGUGCAUCACAAGUUUGAGCUCAUGCCAGAGACCCUAUACCUCUCCAUGUAUGUCAUCGACCGGUACCUCUCGAUGCAGCAAGUGCAGCGGAGGGAGCUGCAGCUGGUAGGUGUCUCUGCCAUGCUGAUAGCUUGCAAGUACGAGGAGAUUUGGGCCCCAGAGGUGAACGACUUCAUCUUGAUAUCAGAUAGUGCAUACACUAGGGAACAGAUUCUUGCAAUGGAGAAGGGGAUUCUGAAUAAGCUUCAGUGGAAUCUCACCGUUCCUACAGCAUAUGUCUUCAUUAUGCGCUAUCUGAAGGCGGGGGCGUCUGCAGAUAACAAAAGUGACAAGGAGAUGGAGCACAUGGCCUUCUUCUUCGCUGAAUUGGCACUGAUGCAGUACGGGCUGGUGGCAUCCCUGCCUUCCAAGGUUGCUGCCUCUGCUGUCUAUGCAGCCAGGCUCACCCUGAAGAAGAGCCCUCUAUGGACUGACACUCUCAAGCACCACACUGGAUUUACCGAGUCACAGCUAUUGGACUCUGCAAAGCUUCUUGUUACCUCGCACUCUACUGCCCCUGAGAGCAAGCUGAGGGUUGUGUACAAGAAGUAUUCCAGUGAGCAGCUUGGAGGAGUGGCACUUCGCUCACCAGCAGUGGAACUCUGCAAAUAAAUGGAGAUUAGCUUUGUCUCGUAUUUCGUUUGCUUAUUUGGUUUAGAGUGCAAUGGAAGGCGAGUCUGACAUUCAUUAGGCGUUUGCUUGUUUUGGAGUCAAGAAAGUUUGGAAUCUUGACACGCUUGCUAUGACUUCUAAUGGCCAGGAUUUGGCCUUUAUGUGAUAAUACACCUUGGUGUAUAUAAACUGUCAUCUGAAUCUUAUCAAUAACGGUUCUUGAUAAGUAUGAAUGAUGAUCGAAUUACAUGUUUGCAUACAACAA